AUGUUGAUAAACUUCAAUAUUCUCAGAUUUCUUGUAGUACUAUGUGGCAAUAUCUUCUUGAUUUUCAGCCAAAAUGGCCAAGUUAACUCAGCUCCUCUAGCACAUUUCUGCCCAAACACAACUUCUUAUAGUCCCAACAGCACUUACAGCUCUAAUCUCCAUGCCCUUUUAUCAUCUUUGUCCUCUAAUGCUUCGCGUAAUGGAUUUUACAACUCCCCAGCUAGUCGCACGGGGUCCGAUAUAGCUUAUGGCUUGUUUUUAUGCAGAGGAGAUGUGUCACCUAAUAUUUGUCAAAAUUGCGUGUCAACAGCUGGUAAAGAAAUCUUGGAAACUUGUCCGAAAGAAAAAGUUGUUGUCAUCUGGUACGACGAAUGCUUGUUGCGUUACUCGAAUCGAUCCAUCUUUGCCACAGAGGAUCUAUCAAGUGGAUCCAUUUGGAGUCAUUUGGUCAAUACGCAAAAUGUUAGUGAACCGAAAAGGUUCUCGUCACUGCUCGGAAAAACGAUGGAUGAAAUAGCAACUGUGGCUGCAAAGGAAAAUGAUCAUUCGGGGAGAAAAUUUGCUACUAUAGAAGCCAAUUUUUCAUCACAUGAGAAAGUUAAUUCGCUUGCGCAAUGCACUCCGGAUCUGUCGGAGACUUCUUGUGAUAAUUGCUUGAGAGUUGCUAUAGGGAAUUUACCGAGUGAUGGCAAGAAAGGCGGUAGAGUUAUCUUCCCAAGCUGUAACAUAAGGUACGAGAUGUACCAUUUCUACAACUCUACUGCUAUCGCGCCACCACCUCCUCCACCAGUUCUCCAUUCUCCUCUUCCUCCUCCUCCGAUGUCCAAUUCUACAAGCAGCGAUAGAGGUAAUUUCUUCACACAUUGUUCUCUAAUUGACUAGUCAAAUCACUUGAUUGAACUCAAUUUCGGUUCGGAACAGGAUAGUAAAGAAGGUGACUUGUUUUUAGUGAGUUCCCUUGGUUGGAUAAUAGUUUUGUUCUCAUAGGUUAAUUUUUUUAAUCUAAUAGGCAAGUAUUGGCGAAGCCACAAACUUUGCUAAAGGUGUUCAAAAUCUGAUAUAUAUCUAUAAACCGUAAUUGUUAAUCUGUAUACACAAUAUUAUUUUCUUAUGAAAAGAGUUCAACUAACCACCCUUCAGUCUAUGUAGCUAUGCCAUGGGCGAGUACCAUUUAUCCACUACUUUUUUUGAACAACGCAUUUGUUAUAAAUUCAUACACAAAUAUGUAUUCAAAGGGAAAGCAGUGAAUAUGCUGAGGAACUGGAUCCACAGUUAAUUUCACGGAUAGUCAUCCAACUAGGGGUCUAUUACAGCAAAAUUAUGAAACUAAAUUUUGUAAACAAAAAAUUACAUCCCUAUAUUUGGAUAAAAUCAAAAUAACUAGAAAAUAUAUUCCCACUUUAAGUUUAGUGUUUUUGAAAAACACAUUGUUCAACUGAUGCAAGAAAAGGGGGGA